AAUACCUCUUCAAAGUUUCCUCUUGCAGUAGUGGAUAGUGUCAUUACUCAUUUAGUCAUUCGUGAUGAACAUGAUAUUGGGGCAAAGCUUUUAAUUUCGAAAUACGCUGCAGAAACAGAAGACACUUAACGACAGUGAAGAAAGUUAUUCAUCAUGUUGAAUUUAUUUGUGAAGUUUUUUGAGUUCACACAGAGUCUGGUACUCACAAUGGACACUUACCAGGACCGACCCCCCAGCCACCGACCCUUACUCACCAAAAACAUCCUGGUUCUUAUUAACUAUGGGGGAAUGCUCUACGUCAUGGUGUUUAUCUUUCUUUUGCACUGGGUGGCUUCCAGUGUGUGCCUGCCAUGGAUUUUCCACAAUGAGCUACAAGAUCCCGAAUUCUCCUUGUUUUACCAUCGGCUGUUUUUCUGGUACCUUACAAUUAAUGCACUAGGACAGUGGAUUCUGACUAUCAUAACAAGUUUAAAAUCUGUUUACAGCACAGCUUCGGAUUUGCCUUUGUUUAAUGAUGCUACACAUGAGGACUGGACAAAAUGCACCAAAUGUGACCAAAAUGUCCCUCCCAGAGCUAGACAUUGCAACAUCUGUGAACGCUGCAUUCUGAAGAGAGACCACCAUUGCUUCUUCACUGGUUGUUGCAUUGGGUUCCACAAUCAAAGACACUUUAUUUUGUGGUCAUUUUAUGGCAUAAUAGGCACAACUGUUGCACUGUAUUACUUAGAACAAUAUUUAAGCAUCCAUUAUGUUUCUUUUUUAGGUACAGAAUUUUUCAAAUAUUUCCUGCCUUAUGCACUUGUUAUAACAAUCAUUGGCAAAUCCUCCUUUUAUACAUUUUUGACCAUAUUUUGGUGUUAUCUUGUAUUAUCCACUGGGCUAUUUUGUAUGUACAUGUUUUUUUGGCAGUUCAGUCUUAUCUUAAAUGGUCAAACAAGUUAUGAGUGUGUGAAGGGACGAAAAAUUUACCAGACAAACUUCCUGGAUGAGAUGCGGUCAGUGUUUGGUCCAUACUGGGUUAUACAAUUCCUAAUUCCCUUCCCUUGGACAAAGCAAGAUGGGGAUGGAGUUACGUGGAAGUCCCACAAUACAAAAUUUCUGUAGUUCAAGGAAAAAUUAUAUUGCUAUAAGCAACAUUGUAAAAGCAUAUCAAACCAAAUCCAAUAUUUGAAGUACCUGCUAUAUAAGAUUUAUUAUGCUCUCAAUUUGAUUGAGAUCCUGUAAGUGUUCUGUUUAGCUAUGAUACAGUCAUGAUCCUUGGAUAUAACUGCAUUUUUUUAAGAGAGCAAGCUAUAGAGAAGGCUCUAGGAUCAUGAAACUAUCUGAAAUUUAAGAAGUCUUAAAAAGAAUUAAGUAAAUUUCAUAAUUCUCUGAGCCAGCUGAUUUGAUUAGAAUUUUUAGAAAAGGUCAAGGACAUGUCAUCUGUAUGUGUUAAAACAUCUGUAGAAAAUGUAAUGAAGUAUGAUGUAUCAAAUUCAGUGACGACUUGGCAGUCUUAAUAACACCAAUAAAUGUUGUGGGUGCUAAGAUUUCUAAAAAAUCUUUUUUCAUAGUUCUACAAAAAUUCCUAAAAAUUCAGUGUGUUAAAACAUCAGUAGAAAAUAUAAUGAAGUAUUGAAUUCAGUGACACCUUGUUAAUCUUAACACCAAUAAUUGUCGUGGGUGCUAAGAUUUCUACAAAAAUUAUCUUUCUCAUAGUUUUAUUAAAAUUUCUAAAAAUUGAGUGUGUUAAAAUCAAUAGUAUUACUGUGAGUAUUCAAUGACGCCUUGUUAGUCUUGACACAAAUAAUCAGUGUGGGGGCUAAGAUUUCUACAUAAAUUAUCUUUUUUCAUAGUUUUACUGAAAUUCCUAAAAACUGAGACUUCAAUGGGAAAUCCUAAUUUUUUUAUAUCAAUUUUUAUUGUUUGUUAUGUGCUGUAUAUCCAGAAGACUAUUUACUUGGGUUUACAUUUACAUUACCAGGUUUUUUUUUUACAGUCCUUUGUAAUUUACUGUUUGCCUUAAAAUAAUUGAAGUUAUUUUUGCUUUUAAUAGUUUAGAAAAAAAAAGAUGUUUUUAUGAACUUUCCUAACAGUUUAUAUCAGUGACAUUAAAUCAACCUUGAAUUGGUAUUUCUUUUACCUACUGAAUGCAAAUUUACAUACUCAAAGAACUAAUGAUGCCAAUUAAAGCUGUGCCAUCAACUUCAUAAUUUCUAUUU